UUGACACUAAAGAAAACAUGAAAACAGUGUCUUGUGAUUUCUAGUGGGAUGAAAACAAAAAAUUCAAAACAAAUGUGCUAAGUUACUGGUUAAGAAAUGUAAUUUUUUGUAAGUUAUUUUUAACUAUAGUUUCGCAAAAAUGAGUGACUCGGAGACAGCCAAACCGACGGAGGAAGUUGUUCUACCACCGCCUAUUUCCACACAAACAGAACCAAGUCCACCGAAAAUUCAAAGCAAAAAAAACUGGGUGAAAUUUGAUGAAGAUCGGUCUGCAAAUAAAAAUUCCGAUACAGCAGCUGUUAUUAAUACGGAAAGUGUCCAAGUGAAUAUUGAAAGAAGCCUUAACAGAUCAAUUGAUACAAAUAAUGUGGCUAUAUUGGAUCCAAAACCUUUAAGAAAUGUAGAAUUACCUGUGGCUACAGUCGAGCCCAUCCGACAAGGAUUUACUAAUGGUGAUAUUAUCGUUACCCUAUUACCUGUGAAUACUAAACUACCAUGGAUUACUCCAGCUCAAUUCCGUCCAGAAUUAGUGCCUGAAGAGCUUAUGGCUCAAGGUCUAACACUCACUGUAGAAGAAUACGUCCAAGCCUUGGAAUUACUAGUAAACGACGUGAGAUUCUCUUUAUACAACGUCUGCUACAAAAGAAUUCUUGUUUGUUGGAUAACUCUCGCGUUUAUCGUUCUUUUGGGUUUACUCUUUUCAGGCCUACAAGGACUACUUCUCUUCGCUUUAGGAAUAGGGUGGCUGUUACUCAAUGCGGCAGCUAUAUUUUUGUCGAUGUACUUAAAAUUCAAACUACAAAGAAAUCUUGAAAAGUGUAUGGCUAACGUCAACAAACAAUUGCUCAGACAUAAGAUAGUAUUAGCUCUGGAUGACAGAGGAAAAAUAAGCUGUCACAAAGUGACGCUAUGUUUUAUAUACAUGGAUUCGGCGCCCUGCAUAGCCCAUCUGCAGACCACAAUCGACCAACAAGAAAGGGACCAAAACGGUGGAUGGGAACAAAGAAUGGAUAUUUCUGCACAAGAUAUUAUAAUACAAGGUAGUAGGACUACCAGAUUAUCCAGAAAACAGGAAAGGGCAACACUAUUAUAUCUACGUUACGCUGCUAGAUGGGGUAGGGACAGAGCUCGAGGUUUGUUAAAUAGUCCUCCCGCGUCAGGCGGACGUCAUUGCCCUUCUCAAACGUGCCCAUGUCAAUUCAUAGAGGAGCAUUUGCUUUGUAAACCUCCAGACUAUCCAUGCAAGUUUUGUAUUUAUCCGUCCACUAGAGCUGAUCACCAGGAUCCGUAUUUAGCACACAACCCUAUAGGUUUUGCAUAGGUUAUCUAUUUUAUUAUAAGCCUAUAUAUACUCCUAUGAUAAAAUUAUUUUAUUGUUUUGUAUCAGUCAUAUUUAUCAGGUAUCUAUUGUUAUUGUUUUUAUUAUAUAGUUUUUAUAACUAAAAAGUAUCGUAAAUAAUACGUUUUAAAGAUAUCUUUUCUACAUCAUAUUUAAUACCAUGUAAAAUGUAAAUUAUUUAUAGAAUUUUUUCCUAGGUCGAGUUUCUUAUUAAACACACUAAGCUUCUGUGUCAUGUAAGUUAUCAUGUGUCAUUAGAUUUACC